AGAUUUUGGUGAAUUUCAACAUCGUCAUCAUUCAUUCAUUGCCAAUGAUCAUUUUGACAAUUUGAAUUGAAUUUGAAGAAUUUUUACUUUGGAAAAUUUGAAAAACUUAAGCAGCAAACAAAUGAUUAAAACACCUACAAAUCAACAACGGCUAACGAAUGUAGCCAUUGUUCGAAUGAAAAAAUGUGGUCAACGUUUUGAAAUUGCUUGCUAUAAAAAUAAAGUCGUUUCUUAUCGUGAUAAAAUCGAAAAAGAUAUUGAUGAAGUUUUACAAACACCGGUUGUAUUUGUAAAUGUUUCCAAAGGACAAGUUGCAAAAAAAGAAGAUCUACUGAAAUGUUUUCAAACUGAUGAUCAUUUGAAAUGUUGUUUGGAAAUUUUAAAUAAAGGUGAAUUACAAAUAAGCGAAAAAGAACGUCAUCAUCAAUUGGAAUCAACAUUCAAAGAUAUUGCUACAAUUAUUGCGGAUAAAUGUGUAAAUCCGGAAACAAAACGACCAUAUCCAGUUGGUAUGAUUGAAAAAUCGAUGCGUCAAAUACAUGUAUCGGUUAAACCAAAUCGUACAUCAAAACAACAGGCAUUGGAAAUAAUACCACAACUGAAAAAAGUUAUUCAAAUUGAACGUGCACAAAUGAAAUUAAGAGUUUUAACAAAUAAAAAAAAUAAAUCCAAAAUGAAAGAAUUUAUUUGUAAUUUGGAAGAAGAAAAUCAUUUGGAUGAUGGUAUUAUCGAAAUGAUUUUCACAACAGAUCCUGGAAAUUAUCGUUCAAUCGAUCAAUUGGUUAACAGUACACCAAAAUCUGAACUACAUGUUCUUAUGUUACAGGAAACUGUUGAAGGUGAUACUGGUAUUGAUUAAACAACAAAACA